AUGGAACGUUAUUUUAAUUCCCUUCCAUCUGCAGAGGACGACGACUUGGCAAUCAUAGUCGAUGGCUACGAUAUUCUCAUCCAGUUACCUCCAGAGAUCAUGGUCGAGCGAUACUUUCAGAUUGCCGAGCGUGCUGAUGCUCAGUUAGCAAACCGUUUCGGCGUCAGUGUCGACGAGCUUCACAAGCGCGGUCUUCGUCAGACCAUCUUUUUGGGACCCGACAAAAUCUGCUGGCCCAUCGACCCUCUGGCGCCUCGUUGCUGGGUUGCUCCUGAAUCACCUAUCCCGCGGUCCGCCUGGGGACCGGACAAAGGAGAUUGGGAGAUAAUAUAUUCCGAUCCUCGAUGGCUCAACUCGGGAACCAUCAUGGGGCCGAUUGGUGACUUGAGGAAAUAUAUCGCCGCCACCAUGGACGAAAUCACGGCAACGCAUGAUCCUGCGUAUGAGUUUAGAGAAUCGGAUCAAUACUAUCUCUCUAAUGUCUGGGGAAGGCAGGAAUACUGGCGUUCGAGGGUGAUGAAGGGCAAAGCCCCGGCUGGUCCACCAGGCAGGAUCACCCCGGUCAAGAAUAGUCCUUUUCAGAAGACCGAGUAUCACGUCGCCAUCGAGUACGAGUCCGCCCUGUUUCAAACCAAGGCCGGAUAUGAGCCUUAUUUUGGAUAUCUACAGUUCAACGAAUCCGAUUUGACAGCUAGAAUUACCGCUGAUAUCCUCCAGGAAGGGUCUGCGUUUGAGCCUUCUGCGAUUAAAAUGCCUGAGAACGUUGCUGCCUCGCUGAGCAAAUUGUAUGAUGCCAUCCCGGAAGCUCAUCCUGGAUCUACGUCGGCAGACUGGCUUAGCAUUGUUCAACUGGGCGUCAACUUCAUCACAAAUCAUAUCUAUGGCCUGUGGCACUGCACCGGCCCCAAAGAGUUUGUUGGGCUUGAGUAUCCCACUCUAUGGUUCUACCCCUUUGUCAAAUCCCUACUCAAGGCAGCAGUUAAAGCGUCCCAAGCUGGCGAGCCUCUGACGCAGAAACUCAUUGAUGGGCGAAAAUGGAUUCCCAAGAACUAUUACCCCGUCUCUCCUGAUUUGAAUGACGAAUUUGGCGGGGCAUGGUCAGAUUUGAAUGAUGAGUUUGUCCCUUGGAGAGAUCUUUGUCAGCCUCACAAUGAGGUGCUAUUUCAAGGGGAAGAGAAAGCGUCUGAACUACAUCUAGGGAGUCUCUAG